AUGUGAUGAUUCAGCAGCGACGAUCCGACUCCGACCCGCUCUUGUUGCGAUAACUUCAUUUCUCUAUCAGUGUUCCACUACCACAGGCACGUGUAGAAGGCAUGCUAGAACAUCGCUGAGUGUAUACGGAAUCGAUGCUCUCUGUACAUCAACACUAAUCAUGUUCUCGAAAAGAGCUGCAACUGUAGCAGCACGGCGUUCUCGUUGCUUUUCUUCGUCGACAGCAAGACAUGCAGAUUUCACCCAUGCAGUCAUCGGUGCUGGCGCCGUGGGCCUUGCUAUCGCAAGGCGAUUGCAACAGGUGGAGGGAGCACAGGUGGUGUUGAUUGAGAAGCAUGGUAUGGUGGGCAGCGAGACCAGCAGUCGGAACUCCGAGGUAAUCCACGCAGGCCUAUAUUACGGGGCAGAUACACUGAAGACCAGGUUAUGUAUACAAGGCAAAGAAAUGAUGUACGACCUCUGCAAGAAGAACGACAUACCACAUAUGAACUGUGGCAAAUGGAUCGUCGCCCAAACAGACGACCAGAUGGCUGGAAUCAAAAAAGUUCACGAUUUUGCCAAAUCAAUCGGAGUGCCUAUACGAUACGUCCCUCGAGAAGAAGCCCAACAACGCGAGCCCGAAGUCCGAGCUGAAGCAGGCGUGCUCGAAAGUCCCACGACAGGCAUAGUCGACUCCCACAGCUUCAUGCAAUUCCUCCAAGGCGAUUUCGAAAAUGCUGGCGGUACUCUCGCGCUUAUGAGUCCCGUAACACACAUCGAAGCUCCGUCGGCCUCCAGUGCCGAUUGGAAAAUCUGGACCGGAGCAGGCACAACCGAACCAACACCCUCCUCUCCCACACCUCAAGUCUCCACCCAAAAUACCUCCGAUGAAGACAGCUCUAUCACAGCCACCACCCUAAUCAACGCCGCCGGCCUCUACGCCAUCGCAAUAAACAACAUGGUCCUCCCAUCUCACCUCCAUCGAACACCAUACUACGCCAAAGGCUCCUAUUUCACCUACAGCAAAUCGCAUCCUAAACCCAGUACACUCGUCUACCCUGCUCCAACUCCAGGUCUAGGCGGUCUCGGCACGCAUUUGACCCUCGAUAUGGCCGGACAAAUCCGUUUCGGACCAGAUGUAGAAUGGGUCGAUUCACCUACCGAUCUGGCGCCCUCGCAAAGUACCGAACGCUUCGAAGCCGCAAUCAAAGAGAUCACUUCAUUUCUGCCGAAUGUUGAUACCGAAGCGAUAAGUUUGGGUUACGCGGGUAUAAGGCCAAAGUUGGGGAAGUUAGGUGCGAUCGCGGCGGGAGAGAAAGGAUUCCAAGAUUUCUAUAUUCGAAAUGAGAAAGGAGAUGAGAGCGGUGUGAGAGGGGACUUUAUCAAUUUGUUGGGCAUAGAGAGCCCGGGCUUGACGAGUUCACUGGCGAUUGCGGAAGAGGUGUGGAGAAUUUUGUAUCGAUGAGCGGACUCACCAACGAGGUGUUGAAUUGCACAGCAAGCAAAAUGUGGAACAUCGGGAGCAGGAGGAUGUGUUCUUGAAAGUGAGAAAGCAACAGUCUUCAUCGACUUCGAUGCUUCCAAUUCGUAUGUUGUUACAGAGCUAUUGGGGUCCGCACUCCUCCUGCACUCAGCAGGCAAUCCAGCGGCGAAGACCUUCACGCAGCGCAUCCAGCGUGAAUUGGGUUG